GUAUGCUAUACAUAUGCUCGCCGUAGUAGUAGUUGGUGAGUGUUGGUGUUCUUCAAUAGGCUAUUUCGCAGUUAGCAGCAGCUGAUUUAUUUAUACUUGAUAGAAUUGUAUAAAAUACGCUCGGUUAGUGUUCAUUAAUUCUUGCGCUGUUGUAAUUAUAAUCGCUCCGUCGUCUAAAGGCCAAUCGGGAUUUGCACAAUUUUUUUUUCACAAUUAAUUUUUGUUGUCGGCCAAACGAACAUUGACGGCUAUGCGCCUAUGCCAUUGCCAUAACUCUCUCUCCCGGAGACGGACGUCUUUCUAGCACAGUCGUAGCUCGAUAUUAUAGUGUUAGCGUUUAUGAUUUAUUUUAUUUACCUUCAGUAUUGGGUAAUUUAGACGCAAGAGAAAAAUGUUAACGCUGGACGUAGUGCCCGAGAGGUCUCUGGGAUGUGAACAAUGGGAAUUCGUACUGGGUAUGCAUUUUUGUCAAGCUGUAGCAAUAAUUCAGUCUCAAGUUGGCAUUAUAAAAGGGGUUCAAGUUUUGUAUAGUGAUAAGAACCCUUUAGAUAUUGAUCUCAUAUUAGACCUUCCUCAAGAUGGUAUUCGAUUUAUAUUUCAUCCUGUAUUUCAACGUUUAAAGAUGAUUGAAAUUGUUAACCUGAAAAAUAUUAAGCUAAAAUAUUGUGGUAUGGUGUUUAAUGCUCCAGAAGUGAUGCCCACCAUUCAACAAGUUGAACAUACUUUUGGUGCUACUCAUCCUGGUGUUUUUGAUGCUGAAAAACAAACAUUUACAUUAAACUUUAGAGGGAUUUCAUUUUGUUUUAACGUAGAUUCAAAAUUUCAAGCUGGCAGUGCUCAGUGUGGACUUGGAUCUUUGCAAUUUGCUAGUGGAACAUCCCCAAAUGUCAGUCGUGUUAUUAUAUUUUCGGGGAGUCCACUUCCUGGUCAAGAUAUUUUAAAUAUUCCAUCACAUCCUUUAUCUUGCUACAAAGGGUUGUCUUAUUUAGAACGAUUAGAGGUGCAAAGAGAUCUUAAAAAUACCAAAGGAUUUAUGAUACAAUUAUACUUGGAAGGUUCUGGUUCAAACCGUGGUCGUAAAGUCACUUAUAAUCGUGAAGUUAAUUUUGGAAUGUCAUGCCAAGAUGUUACUUCUAUGUUAGGUACCCCUUCACAGGUUUUUUAUAAAUCUGAGGACAAAAUGAAAAUACAUUCACCAAAUGUUCAUAGACACAUAUCUGUUCCCAGAAGAUCAGAUUACUUUUUCAAUUAUUUUACCUUGGGAUUUGAUAUUCUUUUUGAUGCCAAAACGCACAAGAUUAAAAAAUUUAUAGUUCAUACCAAUUUUCCUGGUCAUUAUAAUUUCAAUAUAUAUCAUAGAUGUGAAUUCUACAUUGCUUUAACUUCAGAGAAAUCAAAAUACAAUCUUUCUAAUGAUUGUAAAAAGUAUGAUAAAAAACCAAAGCCAAUUAUUGUGAAUACAUUUACUAAAUGGGACGAGAUAUCUGAAAGAUUAAAGCAUAGUGAAAGACCUGUUGUAUUAAAUCGUGGAUCAUCUGAAAACUCUACCAAUCCAUUUGGAUCAACGUUUUGUUAUGGUUACCAAGAUAUGGUGUUUGAAGUAAUGCAAAAUCAGCAUAUUGCUUCCAUAACAUUUUAUAAAAAUGACAUUGAAGAUGAUGUAUGACGAAAAUUAGUCGCCACAUCUUACCCAGUGGCCUUAAUGUGUUUUUUUAAUCAAUCAGUCUCGUACCAUGAAUAACAGUAUUUAAAAAUUUAAAAAAAAUUUUUGCAUACCUAAUCAAUGUACAAAAAAAAAAUCAUUAUAUACUUAUUAUACCUAUAUGUAUAUACACAUAAGGUAUAUUUAAUUUUUGACUAAAACAUAAUUUGUAUGGUCCUAUACAAUUAGUUAUUAAGUAUGAAGUCAAGUUUCAUAAAAAAAAAAGUGUUAAGUUUUUCCAAAUUCUUUGGGGGAAAAAAAUCGUGUUCAGGUAGUUUUAAUUUAAAAUAUUAUUUUGUGUAUAUACAUAGCAAUAUAUUAUUCUUGCUAUAAAUAUUUGUCUAAAGUGUUCUUAAUAUUAUAUUUAUUUAAACAUGUUAACACAUAUUGUGCAGAUAUUUUAAUGUAUUAAAAUCAUAUUUAUUUAUUUAUAUAGAAACUUGACAAUUUUAAUUACCACUGUCUAAUUUACUUAGUUAAUAAUUAUUUUCUAUCUAUUAAUUUUAUUUUAAUAUUUAUUAAUUUAGUUAUAACUACUUAAUUAGAUAAUUUAAUAUAAAUUUUAAAAAGUGCGAUGUAUGAUCUCAAAUAAAAUGUCACAUGAAAAUAUUUUUUAUUAGUAAAUGCAGCAAGUCCCAUAUAUUUUGACUCAUGUACAAAUAAACUAAUUAAGUGAUCUACAUCAUAUAUUUACAGACUUAUAUUUAUGUAUUUUAAAUGUCCCAAAUUAUUUAUUGUAUUUGAAUUUAGAUUACAUUUGUGUAUCUAAAAUUCUAAACCAUGGUCCCAAAAUCUCUUAAUAUAUCAACAUUUUGUAAUAGCAAUAGUACUUGUAAUUCAAUUGUAUAAGUUUUAAAUUUACUUAUAUAAGUAUAUAUUUUAUUUUUUUUUUUCGUCAAAUAGCUAUUAUUUUUAAAUUUAUAAGUUAUUAGAUAAACAUUUUGUAAGACUUAAAAUAUGAACUAUUCCAGAAUCCGUUACCACAAUACAGAGUAUUUUUGAUGUUUAUAAAUAAUACGUUAUAUUAUUGAAUUUUAACUUAUUACUUGCUUAGAUUUAUUUCUAGUAAAAAAUCAGCGGCGUUAUUGAGGUGGGUCAUCCAUACUCAUACUACAUUGGUAGUAUUGGAUAGCAUUCCAUGUAAUUCUCAGUAAGGUAUGAGAGGUACUAAGACUUUAUAAAAUAACAUAUUAUUUUAAUGUUACCUUCAAAUUCAAGGAAAAAUUCUUAAAAAAAAAAUAGUUGUUUUUAAAAAAUAUUUUUCAAAAGCAAUCAACAUCAGUAGAUUAUCAACUUAUUACCUCAAUUAAUACCAAUUAAGGUGUUAUAAAUAAUUAAGUAAAAAUCAUAAAAGCCAAGUUCUCAAUGUGUUGCGCUAUUACCUAUGUAUAAAAUAAAUAAUCAUUGUAAGAUGAAGUGUGAGCAUCAUAUAUUUGUAAUCACACACGUCACUUAGAUCAAUAUAAAUAUAUAAUUUAAUACAGUGGUGUCAAAGUCUAUGUUAAGGUUGGACAUUUUGAAAAAUAAAAAUAAUACUUUAUUA